AUCAUAUAGAACGAAAAGUGCAAUUCGAAUAUCGCGUCACGUGUUUCAGAUGAAGCAUCAGACAUAUGGAUGCGCGAAAAGAGUGAGAACGCAAGCACGAUAAAGCGAGCCGGCCUACGUUUCUCGUGUAAACACUCACACAUAGAAUCCGCUGGUUUAAUUCUGUCUCUCUCGAUUAUCGCCCGUACUCCUUCUAAAGCAACUGCGCGAACCUGGAUGCGCAGUAAAAUGGUGGGGAUAAAAGUGCUUACUAUGGUGACGCAUGAUUGUAUGUACAUAAAAAGUGGAUUCUAAAUGUGAAGAUACAUCAGUCGCGUUGCUGUGCAGUGCCAGAGAAGACGUAAACGCGUUUUUGAAUUGUUAGCUGAAUUCAACACGUCUCGUUGUUUACUUUUUACACGGCUCUUAAUUUAAAAAAUAAGUUAUAAGUCAGUGCGGAACGACUUUCUUGAAAUCUAUUAUUUCAAAAUUACGUUGGUUGUAUAUUUUUUACAUCAAUGGAGACCGUUCCGAAAGACUUACGAGGGUUAAGAGCAUGUUUGGUUUGCUCUUUGAUUAAGACGUUCGAUCAAUUCGAAUUUGAUGGUUGUGAUAACUGUGAUGAGUUCUUACGAAUGAAAAAUAAUAAGGACAAUGUUUUCGACUGUACAAGCUCUAAUUUCGAUGGCAUGAUAGCUGGUAUGAGUCCGGAAGACAGUUGGGUAUGCAAAUGGCAAAGAAUAAAUCGAUUCUGCAAAGGAGUAUAUGCAAUAUCGGUAUCAGGACGAUUGCCAGCAGGUGUUAUUAGAGAGAUGAAAAGCAGGGGAAUAGUAUAUAGACCACGUGAUACGAGUCAACGAUAAUUUUGAACUUGUAAAUAUCAGUAUCAAAUGUGAUUGUUACCUGGACAAAUGUUUGAGUGGAUAUAGAAAGACGGAUGUCGCAUUACCGGUAGAUGGCUGUUGACGCAGUUAAGCCAUAAGUUUGCACAAGUUACAUGAUAAUUAUUUUCAUUAUACACUACCCUCCCACUAGUAAUAACUGUUAAGCAAAGAGAACAACAAAUGGCUUCUCCUUGAUGCAAAGGCCAAGCUGGUAAUUCUGUAACAAUCUGGAAUAAUUGUAAUUAACUUGUAAAUUUUUAUACAAAGUAUAAUAGUGAAUAAAAUAUAUAUUUUUCUCAAUA